AGCGCCACGGGCCGCCUUGUGUCCCGCCUGGCCAGCGCCGCUCCGGUUCCCAUCGCGACGGGCCGCCUUGUGUCCCGCCUGGCCAGCGCCGCUGCUGUUCCCAGCGCCACGGGCCGCCUUGUGUCCCGCCUGGCCAGCGCCGCUCCGGUUCCCAUCGCGACGGGCCGCCUUGUGUCCCGCCUGGCCAGCGCCUCUCCUCCCGGCAGCCGCUCUCACUCCAGCCCCGCCGUCCCGCUGUUCUCUCCGGCACCAUGAGCGGGCUGGGGCCGCAGCGGGAACUGGAGGAGGCCGCCGCCCUGGAGCGCCGGCGGCGGCGGGAGCUGCUGCGGCGGGGUCGCAUCUUCAACCCACGGAUCCGCACCAUAGGGAUUGAUAAAGAUGCAUUGGAUGUGCAAGUCAAGGAGAGGAAAAUUCAAGAAGCAGCUGAAAAAGCAGAACAUGAAAGAUUUGCUCAUGACAUGAAGAAAAAUGACAAGCUCAUGUGCCUGCUAGAAGAACGACAGAAAAAUGAAAUCAAAGAGAUGAAUAGGGCUCUCACUGAAUUUCAGAAGAAUUAUCAGAGGCCGGAAACAAGACGUGAAUUUGACCUGAAUGAUCCACAAGCCCUAAAGAAAGACAGACCUGCUCGAGUUUCAGACGAUGACCCUCGGUGUACUAUAUCUGGCAUGCAGAAGUUUAUGGGUGAAGACUUAAACUAUGAUCAGAGGAUGAAGUUUCAAAAGGAGCAAUUAAGGGAGUGGUCUCUUCAGCAACAAAAAGACUGGAAAAAUGCAUUAGCUGACCAAAAAUUGGCAGAUGAUCUUUAUGACAAGUUUAGGAUUGAACUUGACCGAAAGAUUAUGGAAGAACAAAGGAAAGAAGAGGAAAGCAGGCGUGCUGUUUGUACAGCUAUAAAAAAUUUCAAUAGAAUCCAGGCUGCUGAACUAGAUCAUAAAAAUGAAUUGGAAAAGGCUCAAAAAAUAAAAGAUGACAUGGAUGAAAUUACUUGUCUCCUUCGAGGGGACUUCCUUUCUGAAAACCCUGACCAAGCAAUCGGUCCCUGGGGUAAACAUAAUGUGCUCGUGAAUCGAUGGAAAGGAAUGAAUCAGGAGCAGCUGAUGGCAAUUCGUGAAUUUCAAAAGGAACAAGCUCAGGAGAAACAGAGAGUAAGAGAGCAGGAACGCCGAAGAGAUGCUGAAUGGGACAGGCAGCGCCUGCAGGCUGCAAGAGCCCAGUUGCUUUGGGAGCGGCACCAGCAGCGGCAGAAUCAGGUACAGCGCCGAGAUUUAGAUGUCGUGAAUGCAGAGCUCUCUCAGGAGCAAAAAGCAAAGAACAUUUAUCUUAAAGAGCAAGAAUAUUCAAAUAUUCCAACGGAUGAGUUUUACGCACAGUUUAAUACAACCACCCGGUGAUGAUCUGGAUAAAUCAACCGGAAUUAUACAGAAGUAUGUAGACACAUUAAAAUUUUCAGUUGAGCGUUUUCA